GAGCUGCAGGCUUCGAUCCGGGACGUGAAGGAGGAGAAAAAGACCACAGAAGCCUUCAGCAGCCAAUUGGAGGGCAGGAUACGGGGCAUUGAAGAGAAAGCCCAUGAGUCUGAAAAGAAGCUUCAGGAGCAUGCGGAGAAGCACUUAGCAACGUCCUCUGCGGCAUCAAACCUCAAAGGACGAGCCGAGGCAAUGGAAAAAAGCCAGGAGGACAUGAAAGACAGGUUGAAUAAGGCUGACAUAGCGAUCACAGACUACCGGGUCCUGGCGGCUGAGAACAAGCAGAACAUCGCAAAGCUGCUGGAGGUGGUCUCGAGUCCUGAUGUGCUGGUCAACAUGGAGUCUUCCAUCCUCGAUGUGACGAAAAUCAGCCAGCAGAACUCCAAGGCCCUCGCCACGCUGACAGCUCAAUGCCAUGAGCUGUCCCAGCAAGAGCUGGAGGCGCAAAAGAACACGGAGCACCUUGGUGAGCAGCUGGUUCUUCUGGGCAAACGAGCUGGGCGGAUGGAAACUGUUCUGGGCUUGGACGAGAUGGGCAAGGACGACGAAGAUGCCAAGACUGGCGUGGUUUUCAAGAGCGGGAUCCUCCUAACAGAGCAGCAGCGCUGCAUGGUGCCCCGCUUCUUCCAGGAUGAGUAUGUAAGGUGGCGGGACUGUCAGUGCAACAGAGACUGCUUCAAGAAUCAGAACUGCUGUUACGAUUACGAGCAGCAGUGCAAGGGUGCGAAGAGUGCGGAUGCACCGGUUUUGGGAGCAUUGCCCAAGGCUUUGGCGAUCAACAAGACCACAUCUCUCCGUGGAGCAACGACAGCCAAGUGGGGCAGCUGUGGUGAGUUCACCUGUGCAGAGACUUACGUCAGUUGGCGGCCUUGUCAGUGCAACAGCCUUUGCAAGGACUACGGCAACUGCUGCUCGGACUACCAAGCAGUGUGUUUGUCCCCGCCCGCACCUGCAAUUCCAGGGCCAGCUCCGCAACCACCUGCUGUGACGCCGGAUUUGCCGGACACUAGCGGGCCGUCCGCACCCAUUGCAUCUGUGCCUGUGGAGACGACACCACCGGCUCCAGCCAACGUGUAUGCCGUGAACGUGACUGCCCUGCCUUGGACAUGGAAGGAUGGGCUGAAUUCUCCUAGUGAGUCCCCUUUGCUGACUUUCUACAUGUACCGUGCAGUGUCGGACGAAGUGUACCCUCCUUUGAACACCAACCUAGGCAGCCUGCCGGGCGUCUUGUGGUACCUCCACCACGAGGUCGUGAUUCAAGCACCCCGCAAGUUCCAAAUUUCGCGAAUUCUGCGCUACAAGGUGCAGAUGCGUGCAACUGCACCACUUCUGCGGCUUGGGAUGCACUUCGGAGUGCGCCUGGCCUAUGACAAGGGGCAGGCCACCGGCCCCUUUGUUUGCGGGCGCACAAAUGUCACGAACAAGGACGGAACAACAGAAGGUUACAAGCCAAAGUUCUGUGGCGAUGGUGCUUUCAAGGCUCAGUAUCUUCCAGAUCUCAAGCCUUAUAAGAACGAGUAUGAGUAUUCCGCCUAUGGGUAUAACGUCGGCUGCAACAAGCUGGGGGAGUAUCCCUUCCCCAUGCACCCGGUGUACUAUCCGAAUGCCAUCUGGUACACCCUGCCUGGUGCCUGCCCGAACAAUCUCUACUACAACAAGGACAACUCCUGCCAGGCUAGUCAGCCAGGAGGCUACUGCCCAAACAUGGAGCCGAACGGAAACGGCACGUGCACCUGGAACUACGAGGAUGCCGGUGAGAUCUCCCUCGAUGAGCUAGUGGGCAUCAAAGACUAUGCGUCGUGGAUGCAUAGCCACCGGGAGUAUGAUCCGGAAACCGAUGAAGGUGUCAAGUUCGGCUGGUGGAACGGAAUCAACAGUACCACUGCCAACCAGGAGCGUGUGCGACAGGCUGCCGAGCUUUUUGACAGGAGGUAUCCAUACAUGCCAACAGUUGCCGAGCUUACCAAUCCUCCCUGCGACUUUAAUUUCGGCUACUUCUACAAGGAGUGGUACCGCAAGGACGGCUACAGCGGACCGUGUGGACCUCCUAAUGCCCAUUGCAAAGGUGGCAUUUGGUGGAUUCGCCACGAAGGCCUCAGACUGCAUCCGAAGUGGUACGUACCCCUCACCACCUCUGCUAGCGACGAUGACAUCCAGCGCCUGCUGUAUCAGCUAGGCGAGAAUGAGUGCCUUCGUCCCUGUAAUUGGGGUGAGACGCCUACGGCAGCCACGCCCAGCAAGGAAACUCCGUGA